UUGAAAACAAAAAACGGUCUCUUUCAACAGCGAUAUUUUUGCCUUUGUAUUAAAUUCUUGAUCUUGUGUCAGCUUUUUCCCAAAUUAUUAAUUAACUAAUUAUUUAUCUCUUGUGUUACGUUCAUCUAUUUAUUACAUUAGAUCAACAAUGUCGAUUGCAUCUAAUAGAUCUCGCCGUCCUAAUGCUGGAUCCAAAAUGAAUGAGGUUUCAGGUAAAGAAGAUGAUGAGUUUUACAAGCAAGCCUAUGGAGGUUUCGUUGAGGAUGAUAAUGAUAAUGAGUUUGAACCAGAAUGUUCUGAUGAUGAAGCUGUUGAAGGCAUUCGAGAAAAUGGAGAAUCGGCAGAUUUGGAUGAUAAAGAACAUCCACCGGCAAAGCGUUUGAAAACUGAAGCUAAAGCUGGUGAAGACGCUGAAAGCGACGAAGAUGCUGAAAGUGUGGAAGAUGUUGAAAGCGAUGAUGAUGAUGAUGAUGACGAUGAUGACGAUGAUGAUGAUGAAGAAGAUGAAGAAGAUGAAGUAGCAGAAGAAGAAAAUGGCGAUGAAGAUGAUGACGCUGAGGGCGAAGGAGAAGAGGAAGACGAUGAAGAUGAGGCCGAUGAAGAUGAUUCAAUCGAUGCUGGCGCCAAGAAGAGCAAAAAAGCUGAAGCAGAGGCCAUUCCAGAAAAAUCUAAAGCAGAAUGAUAAUCUCGUGAAGGUUGCUUCCAUCGAGCACUUGAUACGGGCACAAAUGUAUUUAAUCUAUUAACUAGGUACUGAAAUCAUGUCUUAAAAUUCAAACAUUUUCUUCCUCGAAACACCAAUCAACAAACGCUGUAACAAUCAAUGUAUUUUGUACCAGAAUGAUAUAAAAAGACUUGACAAACUGAGAAAAUAAACUUUCUCUUGAUUACCAGAAA